CGCCGCCUUUUUUUUUUUUGUCGCUCUGAGGGGGAAUGGAGCCCGGCGGUGGCCGCCGCGAGAAGCUCCCGCCGCCGCCGCCGCCGCCGGUGCUGCCGCCGCCUGCCAAAGGCAAGGAGGGCCCCGGGUCCAGCGGCGUCGGAGGCAACGCCCGCCUGGAGAAGGCCAAGCAGCGCUCGGCUCAGCAGGAGCUGAAGCAGCGGCAGCGCGCCGAGAUCUAUGCCCUCAACCGGGUGAUGACGGAGCUGGAGCAGCAACAGUUUGAUGCCUUCUGCAAGCAGAUGAGGGCUUCCAGUGAGUGACCCCUGCAGACAGCCAGAUCUUUGCUCCCCACACAAGACUUCACUCAAGGUCUGGAUGCUGGACCACGGUCAGUGGUCUGUUAAGCCACGGUGGGAAGUCCCCAGACCCUUUUUCCUCUGUGCUACGGCAGUGCCUCUCAGCCGCUUCUAAGUCCUUGCCAAAAUGGAGUUUCUCAUUGUUUGAACUGUUUUUUUUAAAAAUCCUAUUUAUUAAAUAAAAUGUGUGUUUUAUAUGUGUGCAAAUAAAUACCUGUGAGACCAAA